UGGGAUGGUUUGGCGCGAACUAAGGGCGGGAAAGCAGCAAACUUGCCGCCCAUCUUCGGCGCCAACAACCACAAACUCUUCACUGUUCCUCCCCAAUCCAAAUCCAAUCCAAUCCAAUCCAUCGAGAAUACUGAGGCCAGAGCGGCGCGAUGCAGAUCCAGGUCCGGUGCGAGUGCGGCGAGGCGGCAUGCCCGGAGUGGGCCGUGGUGGAGGUGCAAGGCGUGCUGCAGCCGCAGCCCUGCUUCUCCGGCCGCAUCCAGGGUCUCCACAUCGGCCGCCUCUGCUCCACCUCAUCAUCCCCAUCCUCUAAGGGCGCGUACACCUUCACUAUAGGAUACCACGAGCUCGCCGGGACCAGGGUGACUCUCAAGAAGCCCCUGCUGGUGCUGAGGAAGAAGAAGAACGAUGGCCAAGGUGGGCCGGCGGCGGCGCAGGUGGAGCUGGAGGUGAUCGGCGUCAUCCGGCACAAGAUCCUCUUCAAGGACCGCCCCAAGGCUCUCAUCUCAAAGGUCCCGGUGAAGGAGAAGAAGGCCCUGCCGUCGGUUGCGACGCCAUCAGCCGUAUCUCCCACUUCGUGACGAGGAAGUCUGGUUAAGAAUCUGAAGCCAAGGAGGUCUGAGUGUACCCGUGAACCGCUGCAAAUUGUUGCUCCUGCUUAGUUGGUGGUCACAUUCUGAUUCUGCCAUGCUGUGGUUGCGUUAUACGUAUGAGUUUACAAUUAGUUGAAGCAACAGCGUAGACAGAUUGGCAGAAAGGCCCACCGAACUUUUGUGGCAGUUUGGUUCAUAUGGGAUUGGAGCCAAAUUUCAGUUCCGGUCAUUUUGGUUA